AAAAACUUCUGCAACACUUUAAAAAAAAAAAAAAAAACUUCUUCAACACACUUCUCUUGAUUCAAGCCCUUGUUUAAAAACCCAACACGCACACACAUUGACUUGCAGAGAUUCUUGAAUUACACAAAGAAAUGUCCGGUGAUUCAAGAACAAUGAGAAGUAACAAAAGAUUGAGAGACGAAGGUUCUGAAAGUGGGGAUUUCAUUGAUGGGCCUAAAGAAAUGAAGGGCAUUGACAAGUAUUUAAAAAUGAGUGUUAAGCAGUUGCAGCAAGAAGCUGCUGCUAGAGGGGUUUCUGCAAUUGGGUUGAAGAAAGAACUCGCUGAGAGGCUUUGUGGUGCUGAUAGUUCAAACCCCAUUGGGUUGGAUGGUGAAGAAAAGAUGUUUGUUGACGGGAGCAAGUACACAAGCAUGACUUUAAAGCAAUUACGUGAAGAAGCUACUGCUCGAAAGCUUUCUGCAAUCGGGACAAAGAAAGAGCUCAUUAAUAGGCUUUCUGUUGCUGACAAUCCAGAGCCAAAUUUACUUGAUGGCGAAGAAAAGAAUUAUGUUGAUAAUAGCAAGUAUCCAAGCAUGACAGUUAAACAAUUGCGGCAAGAAGCCACUGCUCGAGGAAUUUCUGCGACUGGGUCAAAGAAAGAGCUCAUUGAUAGGCUUUUUGUUGCUAACAAUUCAGAGCACAUUACAUUUGACGGUGAAGAAAAUAAGUAUGUUGAUGAUAACAAGAAGGAAAAGCUGGUAACAGCUACAAAGAAAGGUGCAGCAGUACUGGAUCAAUGGCUAGCAGAUGAGAUUAAGUCACAGUACCAUGUAUUCCAACGAGGAGAUGAAAUUUAUGAUGCAAUGUUGAACCAGACAAAUGUGGGAGAUAACAACAACAAGUUCUAUGUUCUUCAACUUCUAGAAUCUGAUGAUGGUGUAAGGUACAUGGUUUACAAUAGAUGGGGAAGAGUUGGUAUUAAGGGUCAAGAUAAAUUACAUGGUCCUUAUACAUCACUGGACUGUGCUAUCAAGGAGUUCGAAUUAAAGUUCUUUGCCAAGACUAAGAAUCAGUGGUCCAGCCGUAAAGACUUUGUUCCUUACCCGAAGUGCUACAGAUGGCUGGAAAUGGAUUACACUGAAACAGACAACCAAACAGAUGUACAAGCAAAGCCUACGUCUUUAACUGACAUUCAACCUCGAGAAACUAAGUUGGAAGUCCGUGUAGCGAAGUUCAUAUCUCUUAUAUGUAAUGUCAGCAUGAUGAAGCAACAGAUGAUCGAAAUAGGAUACAAUGCUGAAAAGUUGCCACUUGGUAAGCUAAGCAGGUCAACGAUUUCUGAGGGCUAUAAGGUGUUGAGGAAAAUUGCUGACGUGAUUGGCCAAUCAGAUAGGAAAAAACUCGAGCAGCUAAGUGGAGAAUUUUACACAGUGAUUCCUCACGAUUUUGGUUUCAGAAAGAUGCGUGAGUUUGUCAUCGACAGUCCUCAGAAGUUAAAACACAAAUUGGAAAUGGUUGAAGCCCUAGGUGAGAUUGUGGUAGCAACAAAGUUGUUGGAGGAAGACAUGGGAAUGCAGGAAGAUCCUUUGUAUUCUUCGUAUCAACGCCUCAAUUGUGAACUGCUGCCACUUGAUGUUGAUUCCAAGGAGUUCUCCAUAGUUUCCAAGUAUAUGAAGAACACUCAUGCAAAGACGCAUUCGAAUUAUACAGUGGAUAUUGUCCAAAUAUUUCGCGUCUCGAGGGAGGGUGAAGCUGAGCGAUUCAAGAAGUUCUCUGGGACGAAAAAUAGAAUGCUAUUGUGGCAUGGUUCUCGGCUUACAAACUGGACUGGAAUACUGAAACAAGGUCUGCGUAUUGCCCCUCCUGAAGCACCUGUCACUGGAUACAUGUUUGGGAAGGGUGUCUAUUUUGCUGACAUGUUCUCUAAAAGUGCAAAUUAUUGCUGCUCAACCCCUACAGCGACAUCUGGAGUGCUGCUUCUAUGUGAGGUUGCACUGGGUGACAUGGCUGAGCUACUGAAUGCAAAAUACGACGCAGACAAAUUGCCAGUUGGAAAGCUAAGCACUAAAGGAGUUGGUAAAACUGCCCCGGAUCUUUCAGAGGCAGAGACACUUGAGGAUGGCGUUGUUGUUCCACUAGGAAAGCCAAAGCAACAUUCAGAUGUGCAGGCUUCCUUGUUGUACAACGAAUAUAUCGUCUAUAAUGCAGAUCAGAUAAGGAUGCGCUACGUCAUCCAUGUCAAUUUCAACUUCAUGAGGUAGAAUAUGUCUGUAUUAUUUAUAGCCAAGCAGAUCAUUGAGUUCUGUUUUGUGCCAGUAAGAGAGGUUGUUUCCUAGAGCUAGAUAUGUAUAUGUAAUUACAUAAUGUUAACUCUUUAUAUAUGUGGAAUAAGAUGUCAAGGUUUAUCUA